AUUACAUGGCAGCACGGCGACAGUAUCAAAUAUCCAUAUAGAUCAAACUAUUACUUCGAAACCCCAUUGAACUCAACUAUAACAACAAUAAUGGUCACACGUGCAAAUACCUCUGAUAUUAGAUAUUAACUAGGACUACGUCAUGAUGCCACUGAUUAUUUCUUUCUGCUGACUGAGAUCCUUCGAAACUAAUAGAAGAAACGCCUUAUUAAUUAACCCCUAGAGACAAUGUCAGCCUACUAGGUACGUAUGAUAUCGUAUUGUCUAUUCCAAAUACAUUCUGUUUCUCGCCCCUUUGCCUUCAACGUUUAUAUUGAUCCAAUGGCAAUACAAAUACUUCACCUCGAAGACUUUUCUCGAUGAUAUAUAGGAUUGGCCUUCGCUUUGGCGAGGAUGUAACUCAACUCCACUAAACUUGACAAUUCAGAUGGUCCCAGUUAACCGAUCGUCACAUGGGGAUGCAGUAUGCGGCCGACGACACGUCGGAAGUUAUUCCAAUCACGUAUGAAUGCAUCUAGCUGUAGGUUAUUAUUAAUACCAACUACAUACAUACCUAGGUACAUAUGUAAGUACCCAAUAUUAUCUAUAAUACAUAAAAUACGAGAUAACCUUUUGCAGGGAUCGUACACUAAAUUGAUCGAUCUUGGAAUAUUAUACUUAACCCGUAUUCCGAUUGGCUUCAAUGUUUAUUUUUAUACGGGACUUACAUAAAGCUAUUGAUAUUAGGAAGCACCUUACCUGGGCUGGUUGGCUGGUCAUAAGCAGGAACGUCAACUAGCAGGAGGUCUAAACAUAUCCAUAAACCACGUUGCGCCUCAACAAAGAUAUUUUGAAAUGGAUCUGAAUCAAACAUCGGAAUACAACAGAUACUUACUUACCUAUUCAUGUCUAACAGCACUAACAAACUCAAGAAAGACCCUGAGUGGAUUAUAAGUGAUCUAUCAAAUAUCUAAUACACCAUAUACAUGUAAAGGGGAGGUGAUUAUACUGUGUAUUUCAAGAGAUGUUUGAGAACAGUACUAUAACUUGCUACUCUGCUCUUUCCUAGGUAAUCAUCUUCAAUGAUGCCUUUAGAGUUGCAGGUACGAUACAGGAGCAGACUUUAAUUAAUAUAUGAGUCACCCAUAACAGUAUUUUAAGUUCUCCGUGAACUGAUUGUCAUAUUCUAGGUAGGUGUAUUGAGUAUAAAUUAGUUUUUAGUGGC